GGCUCACACUAUCUUUGUCCGCUAUACUGGUAGUGGGUGACUUGUUGGGGAAGAGCUCGAGCUGUUGCAGACUUCACAGGAAGGGAAGGGAAGGGUUGCAAACGGACUUGCCCGGAUCAGCGUUCACACCGAGAAAGCUCCGAGAAAUCCACUUAAGGGAUGGCGGAGGCCCACCAGGCAGUGGCGUUCCAGUUCACCAUAACGCCAGAGGGGAUUGACCUGCAGCUAUCCUAUCAGGCCCUGAACCAGAUCUAUCGGUCUGGAGUACGAUCCUGGAAGAAACGAGUCAGCCGCAUGAGGAACAGGGUGAUCAAGGGAGUCUACCCUGCCAGCCCUUCCUCCUGGCUCUUUGUUGUCAUAGCAAUCCUGGCCACGAUGUACAUGCGCUCGGAUCCCAGCAUGGGGCUCAUCACCAUGAUACAGCAACACCUGCCGCUAAGUCUCCAUGUCUCGCUCAGUACCCAGGGUCAGACCAUGCUCUCUGCGCUGGUCUUCAGUACUCUGCUAUGGCUCUCCCUCAUCCUUGCACUCAGGUUCUGCCUCAAACUGCUGCUCUCCUACCACCAGUGGAUGUUCGAGCUGCAUGGCAGAGUUUCCAACACCACCAAAGUCUGGGUGACUCUGCUGAGGUUGUUUUCAAGCAGGAAGCCUCUGCUAUACAGCUAUCAAACCUCUCUGCCCCACCUGCCUGUUCCUGCCAUCAAAGACACAAUGAGCAGGUACCUGACGUCAGUGCGCCCUCUGUUGACUGAUCCAGAGUUUAAACGAAUGACUGAACUGGCCAAUCACUUUGAGUCUAACCUGGGAAACCGCCUCCAACGCUACCUGAAACUCAAAGCUCUGUGGGCCACCAACUAUGUGAGCGACUGGUGGGAGGAAUACAUCUACCUGAGAAGCCGAGGUCCCUUAAUGGUCAACAGUAACUACUAUGGCAUGGACUUUCUGUAUGUGACCCCAACCCCGGUGCAGGCAGCCAGGGCAGGCAACACCAUCACUGCCCUGCUUCUCUACCGCCGCAAGGUCAACCGGGAGGAACUCAAACCGAGUCGUGUUCCAGGUACUGUCAUCCCUCUGUGUGCCGCUCAGUGUGAGAGGAUGUUCAACACAACUCGCACACCAGGAGCUGAGACCGAUGUGCUACAGCACUGGCAAGACAGUGAGUUUGUGGCGGUGUACCACAGGGGGCGCUAUUUCCGGCUGUGGGUGUACUGGGCUGGCCGGCUGCUGUCUCCCAGGGAGAUUGAGUUCCAGAUCCAGAGAAUCCUGGAUGAUACUUCAGCCCCCCUACCUGGAGAGGACAAAUUAGGAGCUCUCACUGCUGGAGACAGGAUUCCUUGGUCUCAGAUGAGGAAGCAGUACUUCAGCUCCGGCAUCAACAAGCGAUCGCUGGAUGCCAUCGAGAAGGCAGCCUUCUUUGUAACCUUGGAUGAUGAAGAGCAAGGCAUGAGGGGAGAAGACCCUGCGGGAAACUUGGACCGCUACGCCAAGUCCCUGCUCCACGGCAAAUGCUACGAUAGGUGGUUUGAUAAAUCAUUCUCCAUUGUGAUCUACAAGAAUGGGAAGAAUGGACUGAAUGCAGAGCACUCCUGGGCUGAUGCACCAACAGUGGCUCACCUUUGGGAGUACACCCUGGCCACAGAUGCCUUCCAGCUGGGCUACACCGAGGACGGGCACUGUAAAGGUGAGGUGGACCGCUCACUACCCCAACCCCAGAGGCUCGCCUGGGACAUCCCUUCAGAGGUUCAGGCUCAGGUGAGCUCCUCCCUGGCUGUCGCCAAGGCGCUGGCAGAUGACGUGGACUGCCAUGUGUUUCCCUUCAGAGAUUUUGGAAAAGGACAGAUCAAGAAGCUUCGCAUCAGCCCUGACGCAUUCAUACAGAUUGGCUUACAGCUGGCGUACUACAGGGAUCGUGGUGGUUUCUGUCUUACUUACGAGGCUUCAAUGACCCGUCUGUUCAGGGAGGGCCGGACAGAGACUGUGCGAUCGUGCUCCAAUGAGAGCUCUGCCUUCGUCAAAGCUCUAGUGAAUGGAGAGGCAGAGGAGCAAUGCAGUCAUCUCUUCCGACUGGCUUCAGAGCGGCACCAGAACCUUUACCGUAUGGCUAUGACUGGAGCUGGAAUUGAUAGACACCUGUUCUGCCUGUACGUGGUCUCCAAAUAUUUGGGGGUGGAGUCACCCUUCCUCAAAGAGGUGUUAUCGGAGCCAUGGCGUCUCUCCACCAGUCAGACCCCAAUUCAGCAGAUGGAGCUGUUCGACCUGAAGAACCACCCCGAUUUUAUAUCGUUGGGCGGCGGGUUCGGACCUGUUGCUGAUGAUGGUUAUGGGGUUUCAUACAUCAUUGUGGGUGAGGAUAUGAUCAACUUCCACGUGUCCUCCAAAUACUCCUGCAAUGACACUGACUCCCACCGGUUUGGAGCUCAGAUAAUUAAAGCUCUCCAAGACAUCAUGACUCUCCUCUCUGCUGACACCAAAACCUCCUCCAAAGGCCCAGCCCAGCCUCAGGCCAAGAAGCUUCUCUGAAUGUGGCAGAGAGCGUCCUCACCAUGUGGACAAAUAUUCCCCCCAAGACAAGUACGCUGAUUGCAGAAAAACCACUAAGACCCCAUUAGCUAGAAUCUGUAAUGUUAAAAGCAGAACCCAGGAAGUGACUAAAAGCCCUCAUUAAAUGGAUAAGUGAGUAAAAUAGAAUAGAGAAAAACAAGGCACACCGAUGUCGUAAGGAGCCCGCUGUUGUUAGUCAGAUCAGAUCUGUCACCUCCUGCUCCUCGACAAAAAAACACACCUGCGUCAGAGCACUGCCACACCCUCACCUGAAUGUUAUGAUUUGUAUUCUUCCAUAAGAAAGCAUGGCAUUUAAAAGCCUUUCUGCACUGGCAGGCACUAACAAUUAUCUGUGACAGCUAUUGAGCAGUAAUGCACAUCAUUUAAUUUUGAUUCAGCUAAGCGUGACGAUACAAAAUGCUUCCAAUCCCUGCUUUGUAUGAGAAUAUGAAACCCGUGAUUGCCGUUUUUAAGAAAGAGGCAGAAGAAAGCUCAUCAGAAGAAGGAAGCCCUUAGGAAAAAGGGAACUGUAAAAUCACGCCAUGCAGCUCUGCUCACUGACAGCUCAUCACAACUUUGUUCAGGUUAUUGAGUGCAUGUUGUAGGUCAUCUUUAAAAAUCUAAAAAGUUUGAGGGGGGGAAAAAGGGAGGUAGAACAGAGCAGAUAAGACUGUAUCUGAAGGGAAACUGAUACUUGGGGACCUCCAACCAAAAUAGCCUGUUUUUGUUAAUUUAUUGUCAAUAAGUCACAAAUGGGACGAGACGUUUAUAAGCUAAAUAAUCACCCGUCACCUGAUCUCUGCACAAGCCACAAAUCCAUAGUUAACCACCUGAUGUUUCAACCUUCAAUGACGGGGAGUGUGUGUGCGUUACUGUUGUGUAAGUAACAAUUCAGUGCAUCCUACAGGACACUUGGUCUGUAUACAACACCUACUAAUACAUGUGUUGAAAGUUGUCAGAUUAGUACGCCUUUACAUUGGUUUUUGCAGUGACCAUAAAAAGUGCCCUGUGGAGUUUUUUCGUAAACCCAAACCUAAAGAAAAAGCCUAAAAUUCGUGUUGAAUGCACUUCCUUCCUCAUAAAACUGCAAGUAUUUUAAACUGUGCACUGUUCACAGCCCUGUUUACUGGCUUUCACUCUUCCUUUUUUCCAAAUGUCUGCAGGCCUGUGCAUCCACGCCUGCAUGCGUGAGAAGAACUGAACUUAUUGUGCACCUCCAAAGCAAAGCAACUGUUGGCAUGCUUAGAACAUGUCUUUGUCCUGUUCAUGUAUUUAUUUUUGUGUUGUGCUCGAGGGUUUGGAGCAGUGGGGAAUGCAGCAGUCAGAUUCUUUACUUGGAAGUAGCAAAAAGCUAAUAUAAAAAUUCUAAAUAUUACUAAAAGUACAAAGGCAUACAAAGUAAAAGCACUCAUAUGCUCAGGUCAAAGUAAUUGCACAUCUGAAUAUCUUCUCAGAUUAAAAUUAUGAUUAUUAACAUAGAAGCAGGAUUUAACAUUGUAGCUGUUUUGAAAAAUGUUCAUCUUCAAAUUAACCACUAACUGUAGCUCCAUCUAGACAAUUGUAGUCAAGUACAAACCUUUCCUCUGAAAUGUAGUGGAGUCGAAACAUCAAGUAGCAGAAAAUACUCAAAGUAGCUCUAACUUGUACCUUGCAUUCUCUGAUGAUGCAAUGGUUUGAAACUUUAAGUGGCAACUGAUGCCUUUGAACUGUUUCUGCAGGGUUUCUGGUUAUGAUUGAGGGCCACUUUCAGCUGGAAGGCUGCCAACUCUUCUGUGUUAGCAUCAAUGUGCUCAAACAAGAGCCAUGGGAAGUUUCAGUCAGCGCAUUACAUUGAAUUUAAUUUGAUGCCUUGUAAUAUAAGUUUAAUUUCACUUGGAAUUCACUGGUUCCAUAUGAAUUCAGAUUCACACGAUUCAGCUGCAUUUUUUUUAUCGGAUGGGUCCAUAAAGGGUUUUAUUUACAGGAUUGAUUUUAAUGAGAUGUAGCUGUUUUUAGGUGGAAUGUUUAUGAUAAUUGUAUCCUUCAGCCUCUUCACACAGUUGUGUUUUACUGCCUCGUUUGACGUUUUGGAGAUGGUCGGAAGUGGACUUUUGCUGUAUGUCGCGUUGCCUUGUCGUUAUCCUCACCACCGCUGAAGCAGUUGUUUGGGAGAGGGGAUAAGAAGAAGCCUCUGCCAACUCUUUCAAUUUCCUCUUGAAUAAAGCACACUUAUUCUGGUAAAGAGCAGGACAUGCUAUUUAUUUCCCCUUCCCUCUAUUUAUAAAUACUUGAAUAAAGACUCCCCUGGGUUUAAAGCUAGGGCAUUUAAGAAACAUGUGCCUGAAUUCAGGUAUCAUUCAGUAAAACGAUUUCAAUGCAAUUUUUUUUAAAUCAAUGCAAUUCUUAUGGGAAACCUUUUUGUAACAUUUCUUGUUGAGCUGUCUUCUGUGUGUCAACAAUGUGCAAUAUGUGAUGUUGUGCCAAAACAAAAUCGGUUGAGUCAUGCCUGUUUUCCCACACCUAAAGUAAUCACAAUCUUCAUGGACUAAUAUGAAUAACAGCAUUGGUUAAAAAGUGUGUGGAUGUCAACGCUGCACUACACCCUUGGCUCACGUUUUCUACCGGAUCCAGAACUUUGUCUCGAGUGUUUGACCACAGACCACAGGGACUUCUAUUUCAGGUUCAGGAUCAAACAUUUUGUGGCUCCUUUGCCAAGCCUUUUGGCUGCUGAGCAGAGCAGCCAUUUCCCUCCCAAAAACACUCCACCACAAGACAUGCAAUUUCUGUAAAGAACAAACUCCCUUUUUAUCUCCACUCCACUCAGCCUUUUUGUGUUUGUUUUUGUGUUUUUCUAAAUGUUGGAAGCCCCAAAAUGUGCUGCUUGGCCUUAUGUCUUGUUUUCAUUUCCUUUCACUGUACUACCGCACCAUUAGUUCAACAAGUGCUCAAACACUUCCUGGCUUGACAAAAACAGAGUUGACCGUCUGAUCGUCACAGAUUGGUUAUGAAAGACCUUAAUAUUUUAUUGUGAUCACAAAAAAGCUAGCUUAUUACGUUUGUAUUUGAAACAUUUAACUCAUGAAAACCAAAACAUUAAACUCCAUUUAAACUCCCCAUGUCAUUUAUUGUAGUAAUAUGUGAUAUAAUAACUGAUGCAAUCAGUGUCAGCAGCUUGGACAAUUAGCCUCUCACAAAAGAGCAGCAAUGCUGGCAUUUAGUAGCAGGUUGACAGUUUGCUUUGUGUUGGGACUAAAGGUUAGAUUGGCACGACCUUUUCUUAUUUGAUUGAGGGAUACAUUUUUAUUGUUUUAAUUCUGUGUAGCUUGUGUAACUGUUUUUACUCUUGGUUAAUGGUCGGUGAUGCGUCAACAUUUUGAAUUUGUACGUAUUGUAGUUUUUAAAUGAUUUGGGAUGAUGAUUUAACGCUUAAUGAGAUGCUUAUUAUUGCUGUGUUUUUGUCCUUAAAUGUAUUUUUUUUGUUUUUAUGUCAAUUGUGGACUUUGUGAAGAAGGCCUUUUACAGAUGGUGUUGGCCUGUUAUGUGAAAUAAAAUACUUACUGAUGCUA